AUGCCCGCGAGAGUCUCGCAUAUAGCUUUUACGUCAGAGGUGAACUUUGAUUGGAAUGCACUUUUCCGGCGCUUCAUCGAUCCAGAAAGAUUGUUCAGAAAUUAUUAUCGCACAAAAAUGACAAGCAGUGAGGAGGACAGCGAGUAUGGAAUGGUAAAUACAGACAAAAUGGUGAUUCGACCAUAUCUGUACGAACCAUUGCCGAGGGAGAGGAGAGUCAGUGAAGACAAGAGCAGCAGUAAUGAUGACGAUGAGGAGGAUUUGAACAUCGAAAGAAUCAGCAAUACUGAUUGGUGUGAUUGUGGUCAUUGCGUUUCGAUGCCAAAAAGCGUGGAAUGCCUCUGUUGCAGAGAGGUAGCUUUAACUCUGCAGAAAGCCAAUGAAGCUAACUGUGGGUGUAUAACCCAAGUUGAUGGCUUCACUCCAGUUUGCUUAAAUCCCGAUGUUGUUGUGACUGCUAUAUAUCAGUAUAUUGAAGAUGAGCAGUUCAUUGAUGAUCAUCCAACAAGCGAGAGAACUUCUGAUGCAGUUAAUAUGUAGCUACCAGGAGAAAUCAUUUUGAUGUUACAAUACUUGCUCCAAUGUCCAAGUCCAUUAUGGUGUAUGACCCAUAUUUAGCACAAUGACCAGGUGUGUCACAGCGAC